AUGGAGCUCUUGUCAGACGAGAACCCUUUGUAUUCCGGUGAUCAAGGUGCACUCGCUCUUCCAUCUGUAUUGGAUAUAACAGAUGGAUCUAUGAAGCUGAUAAAUUCCCAUCCUGCUAUGAUGCAUCAUCAUCAUUCUCAAAAUCUUGGUCGUUCUAUAUUUUUGAAACGAUCACGGUAUUACUAUGGCCACCAGUAUUCUCGACGUAACUCUGCCAAUCAUGCCAAUGCAUCGUCUUCUCGCAGCAAAGGUUCUUCCUCAUUCGAUGACAGCCUUUCCUUCAAGUUGGCUCCUCAACCCAACUCACAGCCCAGACAACAUACAGAGUAUAGAGAGAAGACAUGUUCUAGGCCAGAGAGAAUCCGAUCAAGUUCUUUCACGAUGGAUUCAGUAUCACAGGACGUCGUGAAGAUGGUUUGCAUGAUAUGUGAGAAGCCACUGAGACAGAAAUUUAAUUUUAUGGCGAACUCACUGUCUUGCAAUGAACUUGCAGUUGUAGCAGUUUUAGUAUGUGGUCAUGUUUAUCAUGCGGAUUGUCUCGAGCAAAGAACUAGCCUCCAAGAACUACGCGAUCCAUCAUGCCCUAUAUGUACAGGUUUAUUCUUGCAGGAUCAUGAAUGUAAAGAACAAGAGUAG